GCAAUGUGCAUUUGUAAGACGGAGACAACGUUGCAUGCGAGUGUAGCGUCCUCUUAAGUUGCCAACACUGGGUUAAGAGUCUUAAAACGGUUCUUACUCUUAAAAGAGUCUAGAUACCGUUUUCGAUUUGACGCACUUUUUGCACUCGGUGCGCACUGAGUGCAAAAACGUAUUCGAUUUGACCAAUAUUCAGUGAACUGGUGCGGUGUUUUGUAUUCGAUUUAAUUGCACUGACAACACUCGUGCGCACUGCGCACUGAGUGCGCAUUUUCUGCACCGCCGAUUUUGUCAGUGCAAUGAGUGCAUUUUAUAAAUAUGAACCGUUUUUCUCGAUAACGGGGAACAAAAUACGGCGGCCCUAUUGACAAUUGUAUUUCUUUCCAUGUCAACAUAUUUUGUUUUCCAUAAUAUUACACAUAAAUGUAUUCGAUUUAUAAGAAACAUUUAUAAUGCAAUUUUCAUGCAACACUUGCUCUGUACCAGUGGAAUUUCAGUGCACACUAUUUUGUCAAAUCGAAAACGCUAUUAACAGAUCACGACAUUAGUUUUCCAAAUUGGAUAAAUUGUACGACAGUUGAAAACGUCAAAACCUGGUUUCGACUCUCGGUUCGAACUUCUAGCGUAUAGUCUAACGUAUGUUUACGACGACCGUCGACCUAUAGAAAAACGCCGUGGCCCGUGUGGUCUAUGGUCUGAACAUACCCCCUACCAUCGUCGGUAAACGGGUAUUUCGAUUUCCGAACUUCCGAAGUCGAGCCCGAACUACGAUUUCCUUCAUUCAAUUUUCGUCAUUAUCCCUCUGUAUGACUAUAUGCGUCAUUCCGCAUUCGUCCACAAGCCCGACGCCAUCUUUUGCUCAAUCGUUUCUCAAGCCACCCGAAAUCAAACUGUCAUCAUGGUUGCUCAGAAAAUUUUGUCUCUGAUGUUGGUCGGGUUGUUAAUCGCAUCUUCCGCCAAUGCUGGACCGAUCGCAGCUGGAAUUUGCUAUGCUGGAUGUGCUGGUGUGACGGUUGCAUGCUUCACUGCCGCCGGGUUUACGUUUGGCACUGUUCCUGGAGCAGUGAUUGCUGCUACACCCGCAUUAGCUGCGUGCAAUGCAGCAUUUGGGAUUUGUGAAGCAAGCUGUGUCGCAGCAUUAUUGCUACCUACACCGUAAGGCUUAAGCCUAAAAAAUAUUUUCUUUUCAACAGCUCGUGUACUUAAUGAAGUUUUUUUUAAAUGUAAACAUUUUUUUUUUUUUAUGUAUACGCAAAAGUUUUGCAUUAAAGUGUUGCCGUGUUGGUAAAUCAUCAAAUAACUAAAAUAAAUAUUUUUUUCAUAAUAGAUAGUAAUAAUUUGGCAUAAAUAAU